UUUUUUUUAUGAGAUGUGAAGGGGAAAAUAUAGGCAUCACGAAAAAAUUACUCCGUAUUACGCUACACAGUAGAAAAAGACACAGGCUGGUCAGGCCGCCGGGAGCAAAACCGGCGUCUCGGUUCUCUAUACAAUCAUCCUUUUACAGCCAAAAUCCGUCAGUAAGCUCCAAAUGCCUCCAAAGAGUGAGCCGUGCCGGAAUUUCAUCCGUGGAAGCUGUCGUUAUGGUGAUCGUUGCAAAUUUCUUCAUGCUUCCCAACAACAGUCAAAACCAAAUGUGUUUGGAUUCGGGAGCCAAAAUGGCACACAAUCUCAAAGGUCAAGUUUUCAGCAGCAGCAGAAUCCCAAUCCUUUUGGGUUUGGUGUUCAGAGUAACUAUCAGUCAAGAGGAGAAGCUGGUAUUGGAUUAAAAACCAAUCAGAACAAGCCAUUUGAAAAUAAGUGGACACGUUCAUCUGCCAAUGCUAGUACCCCCCCUACACGCCAACCGGACAAUCAGCAGACAGCACCUAAUCAUAUAUGCACAGAUCAAGAGUCGUGCAAGCGUCAAAUCAUUGAAGAUUUUCAAAACGAGAAGCCUCUUUGGAUCCUUACAAGCUAUGGUCACCUAAAAAGUGGACCCUGUGAUGUUGCGGGUGAUAUUAGCUACGAAGAGCUACGGUUAGCAGCAUAUGAAGAUGCAAGACGUGGCGCGAACUUACAAUCAAUUGUUGAGAGGGAGAGAGCUCUAAUUAGAUCCAAGCUAGCUGAAUUUGAGUGCUUAGUGCGUAAUAAUUAUCCAGCUCCGUCAAAUUCGACGUUUGGCUCUCAGAGUUCUUUAUUUGGAACAAGUCAAAAUGCUCCAACAAGUGCUCAUGGUCCUCCUUCUGCCUCAAGUUUUGGUCAGCUAGGUGCAGUAAGUCCUCCAUCUGCCUCAAGUUUUGGUCAGCUAGGUGCAUUAAGUCCUCCAUCUGCCUCGAGUUUUGGUCAGCUAGGUGCAUUAAGUCCUCCGUCUGCCUCAAGUUUUGGUCAGCUAGGUGCAUUAUUAAACUCAGGGCAAUCGGUUCCCCCAAAUAACACUCCACAGCAGUCAAAUCCCUUCCGUCAGAUGUCUUUCGGAAAUGCAGGCGCGUUUGGCAGUCAGUUUGGUGCUCCGUCAGUUCAUAGCCCCUUCACCUCUAGUUCAGCAACCUUAAACAAUGGCCUAACUAGUGGGCAAUCGUUUGGCAAUGCCGGCGUGAUAGAAUUUGCCAAAUAAGGAAGUGGGAAGAAGUGUGAAGUUAAUUUCGGGACUGCCCGAAAAGGAAAGUGUGAAGUUGUUUACGGGACGGAGGGAGUAUUAUGCAAGAAAGUUGUAGUUAUGAAACACCCACAUGAAAAAAGGAAGCAGAAGGUACUUGAUGAUCUAAAAGAUAGCAUUUGGGGUAAGGAAUGGAAGAUUGGAGAGAUCCCAGAAGAAGCCCCCCCCAGAUGAAUACGUAUUCUAGUGUUGCUUAUAUCAUAUUCCAUCCAUAAACUGCUUCUCAUUCACAUGUCUCCAUAGAAACAACAGGCUGGUUUACGAGAUUAUUCAUGGAAUUAUGGCUGCUGAACACGUAUUUUGGAGCAUGUAUUUUUCUUUCUUUCUUUGUAUGUACUAUGUAGCAUCGCUUUUUAAUUUCAUUUCUCACAUUAAAAGCGUUUCGAUAAGAAUGCUAGAACAGUUUCUUGGAUGUAAGUUUUGGAGUUUUGGUUUAGAAAAUUUAUAAGAAUUAUUAGCUUAACAACCGUCAUCACACUCACA